AUGGCAAGCUCAGUACUAAAGAACCCCCAGGUUCAACCAUCAGAGAACACUACCAGAUGUAAUACCGAUACCGCGUGGAAUAAAGCAUCCAAAGCUGCUGGCUUGGCUUGUAUCUUCAAAAACAACACGGGAAUUGAGGUUCACAGAGCCUCCUGGAACCAAGAUUUCGUCACUUCACCGCUAAUGGCUGAGGCGAUGGCGGUUCGAUUGGCCCUUCUCACGGCAGCAUCUCUGGAUAUCUUCGAUCUUCAGGUCCGCUCCGAUAACCAAACGGUCCUUAGAGCUAUCACUCGUAAACAACAGAUCAAAGAGAUCUACGACAUCUUAGCUGAUAUCAACCGUCUUUCUCUUUCGUUUGCUUCUCUUUCUUUUGUGUUUACCCCCUGUUCUGAGAAUGCGGAAGCUGAUGGGCUUGCCAAAAGCUCCCUCAGAUUAUUUCUUUCUAUAAGUGGGCCUCCUAUAGGCUGA